CUACAGUUCAGUUCUUGAAAAACCCAAGAUGGCCGCGCCCAUGGAAGUCAUGCUUUCGACAGAUGCUAGUGGCAUGUUAUGGAAUGUCUGUAUUUGGGACUUCCAUUCAGGAACUGCUCUUCAGACAUACAAAGGUGGGAGUAGUGGUCCCCGUGGGCUUUGCUGUCUUAGUGGUCAGUUCUUGAUGUCGGCUGCAAUCGGCAAACCAAUAAUCUACAUUUGGGCUCUACAGAAAAAGGAGCAGCAACAGCAGCGGAUUGUUUGUCCUGGUGUCGUGUCUUGCCUCGCUGCAUCACCUGAUAAUACAUUAUGUGCAGCAGGAAUAGCCGAGAAGAUUCAUAUAUGGCAGACGUGUAGCGGUUACCAGCUAUCAGUCUUGUCUCAUCAUUACCAGACAGUCACAUGUCUGUGCUUCACUGAUGAUGGGAGUCACUUAGUGUCAGGUGGAGAGGAUAACCUGGUCAUGGUGUGGUACACAGCAAGUAUUUUGCAGCCAGAUUCCAAGAUGAAGUCCUGUGAACCGUUGUUUGUAUGGUCUAAGCACGCUCUGCCUAUCACCGAUGUUCACUGUGGCAUAGGAGGUGCUAGGUCAAGGGUCGUAUCUGCGUCACAUGACCAAACAUGCAAGCUUUGGGAUUUGGCAACGGGCCAACUUCUGUGCAACUUUGUGUUUGAUUCACCCGUUUGCUCCGUUGCCAUGGAUAUGGCUGAGUAUCACCUCUUUGCCGGUUGCUCAGAUGGCAAUAUCUAUCAAGUGAACCUCUUUGCUUCGCCAGUACAGAUGGAAAGACACAUUUCAAAGAAUAAAGAAUCGGAAGAAAUGGAAUCAUCCGUCUUCAGAGGUCACAGCAAGCCAGUGACGUGCCUAUCUGUAUCUAUGGAUGGUACGGUAUUAGCAUCAGGGAGCCAGGAUAACACAGCGUGUAUAUGGCACGUUAACAGCAAGCAGAAGAUUCGAACACUCAGUCAUAAAGGAGCGGUCACCAAUGUAGUAUUCACACCAACUCCAGCCAAUUUGCUUGAUAGUCGGAGUAAACCAACUUUUCCAUUGCAGUCAUUCAAACGUCAUCUACUGUCUGCAGAAUCGGAUGGAGGCAGGAAUAUGGGAGGAGAGAUUGCAGUUAGGGUACCAGACCAGCAGGAAUCAACUGUUGAAGAUGAAGACAGAACCAGGGAACGUGUACUAAUCCGGGAAGCAGUUAAACAGCAGCAGAGAAGCAGUACAAAUAAGCCCAACGAGCCCUCACGCCAGCAACUUGAGCAGGAAUUGGAACGACUGACACAAACCAACCGACUUCUCUUCAAAGCUGCUGCUGAUCUGGCCAGUAGGUAGUUAACAUCUCGGUAAAUCUGCUUCAGAGAAGGCCAGCAAGUUGAUAGACUUUUCUCUUCUAAAAGGCAGAAAGCGAUCCAUCACCCUGUUUCCUUGGAUUUACACUUUUUCUGCAAACCUUCACCUUUUUACUAUCAAAUGUUGAAUUUCGGUGCUCUUAAAAAAUAUUUAGUGUAAGGAAUUGCCUCUUUACAUAGAUUCAGUUGAGAACAAUAUUUUCUCAGAUGUCAUACUUCUCUCAUUUUUGUUUUCCUUUUCUUACAGCAGUUUCAUCAAAAUUAAGAGGCAAAUCAUAAACUUGUUCGUGUUGUAUUAUUUGAAGUUGUAUCCAUUCUGAGUAUGCAUGCCUGUUAGAUAUUGCAUUUUAUCAUUUGCACUUCAAACCUGCCUAUCAAAAUGUUAUUUUUGGAAGUUUAACUUUUCCCUUAAAACUCCUGAUUUUUGUUGUUUGGACUUCCUGUUAUGCCUAUGUAAAUGGAAAGAAAGCUUUUAAAAAAAAAUGUCAUUGUAUAUUUAGGUAUUUCCUCCUUUCCCUAACUCGCCUAUGAUGGAUGGAGUUUAGUCCAACCCUUUCCUGGUUCCAAACACCAUUCUUUCCAUUCCCACAAACAUCCAUAGUUUCCUUUGUAGGAGCGAUUACAAAGGGUGCGUCAGAACAAUCUGAACCCAAGUUCACCAUUUUGUCUGGUGGCAAAUAGAGUAUAUUGAGAAAAAAAAAUCAGUGAUUCAUGUCUUGCACAGUAAUUUUGACUUUUUCAUAUUAGUGGCUGUGGUGAGGAGUUAUGCCAUUUUCAUUGAAGUGGCUCAUUUUCCAGUCUGCACAUAGAAUUGGUUUGCCUUUUUUUUUUUUAAAUGUGUCAAUAACUUCAAGUGAGUCACUCACCAUGACUAGGCUUUUAUUUAUUACACUGCUUCAUAUCAGUACGCGAUUUCAAUAAAUUUGUUGAACCAUGGAGCCGUGGUCAGUGUUUUUAGCGUGUGUUCUUUGCUAGCGCUUUUCUUCAAAAUGGUACAAUGGAUAUACAUGAAACUUGCACCAAAUAUGUCCAAAAUACCAGCCCAUAACAUAUCUUAUUUGCACUCGUUUUGAUAAUUGCCACAUAUUUUUAAUAUUUUCUUUAAUUUGUGUCCAGAUCAUUCUGCCUUACCCUGUAGACCCCAAAUCGGGUGUAAACCAACAUUUUGUGAUGUGUGACAAUAAUUAGGUGAUUUUCAGAUUCUGUUUAUUUUUCACAAAAUUCUGGUUUUCAUGUUGAACCAAUUCUCUGGAAAACUUGAUUCACUGAAAAACAUUCUCCAAACUGCUGCCCUCCUCCCUUAGCCAUCUGUAUGCACAAUUUUAACAGGAAACAAAAAUGUAAUCGACUUGCACAUAUGAAAAAGAAAGUAAAAGGAUAAUACAAACACAAAUGUACUUGAAAAAAAGACACUGUUUGUUAUCUUUAUUUACAGUAAAAUAUUUUAUUGGAUUGUUUUCUGUGUAUACAGUUCCAUUGUAUUACUGCAAGAAUGAAUAAAUUCAUCAGCUAAUUCAGCUUAUAAAAAUGAUAUUUAUGUUGAUGAACAGGGAGCUGAAUUCACGGGUAAACAACAAUUUCCCCCCCUAAUUUUUCCAUUGAUUAUAUCUUUAAGAAUGUAAUUAAUUUAAUAAAUAUCCUUUGUGACUACAUCAGGCCUAUGCUGUUUCUAUUUACAUUAGAUUCUUUUAUUAAAACCUUGAGCAGAUAGUUAUAUUUGGCUCAUUAUAUGAAGACUUGUAAGGAAUGCCAAAAUAAUUUAAAUUAACACAAAAAUAGAGUCGACAAUUAUUCAGAAAAUAUGGUUGCUUGUUGUUGAACAGAGAAGGGUUUCCCAAGCGAGAUGAGUUUACAGACAAUUAUGGCAAAGUGUUUGCUUAUGUGUGUCCGCUGUGAUUGCUGAAAAGAACUGGCAAAACAAUGGAAAAAAUCCAUGCACAUGCACGCAUUAAUUAAUUAGUUGUGAAAUCCAGUAACACACAAGCGUACCAAUUCUUACUAAUUGACAAAGAGACGAACAAUGGCACUCAACAAUUAGCAGAUGAGAAGUUACCAAGUGUAAGUGCAGUUCUGCUACUUCUAAGUACAUGUAGUUUUGGAUUAGUAACACAGAACUCACUGCUUAUUUAAAUAAUGCUGUUUGUCAAAAUAAAAGCUAACACUGAUCAGUCUUAUCAUGCUACAUGCAUUUACUAACUUAUCGUAGAAAGUGUUCAGCAUUCAUUCAUCAAGAUUUGAAGAAUGACUUAAGCUGAAUACUGUUAAACAAAGAAUCCCACUCUGUGAAACUCUGUCAGAUGUGAAGGACUUAAUUUGGGGCUGAAUGUAAUAUUAGAUAUAAUUUGUGAAUUUUUUCCCCCAUCAGAUAGAUCCUGGGUCUUGUGAUCAGAAAAUGCACAUUCAGUGAGGCUGCUGGGCCUCAUCACGGCAUGCACGAAUAGGCAACUCGAAACUGUCUCAAUAUCUGAUAUAUUACUGACACUUUUAAUUUUCUCCUUUUGUGUUUUGAAACAUUAGCCACUGUGGUAUCUGAUUACAGACAGUAAAGAAUCCAAUUGAUAAGAUGUCAUUAAAAAAAAAA